AUGUCAGGUGAUACUAAUAACAGUAGCAGUAAACAACGCACUAAGAAUAUAGAAGAACUAGAACGGAAGUUGGGCGAUAAUCCAAAGAUUGCUUUAAAGGGGGGAGGUAAAACAAAACUUAUGGACUUUGAGCAGUUACGUAAGCCCCAUUGCGUAAGGCCCAAUGCAAGAUUUCCAGUCGAUAAUACGGCUGGUGGUUUAUUGAGAACAGGCGGUCACAGGCCUCAACUAGGUAAUGAAGAACUAUCCAGAAGGGACUAUGAGCAGUCUCAUGAAAAAGAAGAUCAUUAA